UGCUUGCUCGCUCUCCUCUCUCUCAGUGGCGAUUGCUACUGGAUGCGCACAGAAUGCAUAACGGCUCUUGUAAAGAAGAUAACGGCUCCGUAUGCCGCGUAACAAACCUCAUCGAUUGGCACAGCAUGGCAUAAGGAAACAAGAACAACACGACUCUCUUCCUAAUCCAAGUACGCUGAAUACAAUUCCCGAUGGAUACUAAUAGCGUGGCGAUUUCGAAUCGAUCUAAAGGCAGAAGAUAAAGAAACAUCCACACAUAUUCACAAAGGGAACAAUCAGGAUAUUGCAAGUAAAUGUUGAAGAUGACCACUCCCAACGACCUCAAGUCACCUUGUGUGCCGAGGAACGGCUUGGUCAAGCUUCCUGCCCAGCCCAAUGGUCUUGGCUUGGCCAGCAUCACAAAAGGGACCCCAGCGAUCAAAAACCGCCUGUGCCAGUCCUCCUCUGUGCCCACCAUCCUGCUUCCGGCCAGCCUGCCGUGCCACAUGGAGCCCCUGCCCACCGCUGCAUCCCUCCUGGCGGGUGACCCAGACGAUGGCUCCCCCACCUCUGAUGAGCCCCCUCGCAGGAAGCUUUCCAAGCCCUCUCUGGAGCGACAGCUGGUGCUGGAUGAGAAGGUUCUCAACCGGCUGCUCUGGUACUUCACCACGGUGGAGAAGUGCAUCCUGGCCCAGGUGUGUAAGACCUGGAGGAAGGUUCUCUACCAGCCCAAGUUCUGGGAAGGGGUGACGCCCAUCCUGCAUGCCAAGGAGCUCUACAGCCUCCUGCCCGGCGUCGAGAAGCAGUUUGUCAACCUGCAAGCCUUCGCCCUGCGCGGGUUCCACUCCUUCUGCCUGGUGGGGGUCUCGGACUUGGACAUUUGCGAGUUCAUUGACAACUACCCACUCUCCAAGAAGGGAGUCAGGUCCGUCAGUCUGAAACGGUCAACCAUAACCGACGCUGGCUUAGAGGUGAUGCUAGAGCAGAUGCAGGGUCUAAUGCACCUGGAGCUGUCCGGCUGCAAUGACUUCACAGAAGCGGGGCUGUGGUCCAGCCUGAACGCGCGGCUCACCUCCCUGAGCGUUAGCGACUGCAUCAACGUGGCGGACGAUGCCAUCGCCGCCAUCUCGCAGCUCCUGCCCAACCUGUCGGAGCUGAGCCUGCAGGCCUACCACGUGACGGACACGGCCAUGGCCUACUUCACUGCCAAGCAGGGCUACACCACCCACACGCUGCGCCUGCACUCCUGCUGGGAGAUCACCAACCACGGCGUGGUCAACAUGGUGCACAGCCUGCCCAACCUCACCGCCCUCAGCCUGUCCGGUUGCUCCAAAAUAACCGAUGACGGCGUGGAGCUGGUGGCGGAGAACCUUCGCAAGCUGCGCAGCCUGGACCUGUCCUGGUGCCCCCGAAUCACGGACAUGGCGCUUGAGUACAUCGCCUGUGACCUGCACAAGCUUGAGGAGCUCGUACUGGACAGGUGUGUUCGGAUCACAGAUACAGGACUCGGGUACCUCUCCACCAUGUCAUCCCUUCGCAGCCUCUACCUGAGAUGGUGUUGCCAGGUACAAGAUUUCGGUUUACAACACCUCUUUGGAAUGAGAAGUUUACGACUCCUGUCCGUAGCAGGCUGUCCAUUGCUGACCACUACAGGGCUGUCCGGCCUUAUUCAGCUUCAGGAACUGGAAGAACUGGAACUGACCAACUGCCCAGGGGCCACUCCAGAGCUCUUCAAGUACUAUUCGCAGCACCUGCCCCGGUGCAUGGUCAUUGAGUAGUGAGAGGACGCGGGCGAUUGGCCAGAGCACCAAACCUUCUCCUCCAAUCAAAACCGAGAGCUGACCAACCUACUUCAUGCAGAACUUGGAGAAAAAUAAAACAAAACAAAAUGAGAAAGCAAGAAAGAACAAAAGAAAUACAGAGAGAAUGAAAGGCUUGACAAAAAAGGGAAAAAACUUAACAGAUGAAAGAGAAAAAUGAAUAUAUAUAUAUAAAAAAAAAAGAAUUGUAGCUUUGAUGUGACGUCAUUCAGUGUUUUUACAAAGGGUGCGUGUACAGGUUCCUCCAGUCAUCUUGCGUCUUUGUACUAGGCGUCCAAUGGAAAUUGGCAAAGUGGAAGAGUGAGAGAGACAGGAAGAGGCGUGACUAGGAUUCUUUCAGAGUGUUUACGGCAUAAAGCAUUGGAGUUGGUCAUAUGCACUCCGGCUACCUUUGGUCCAUUGAGAUCUUGAAGUUGGCUUCUCCAUCUGUCUGUCUGUAAAGAAAAAAAAAAAUUACAUUUUCUGUCUGAACUGCACGUUUACCCGCUUGUUGUCAUGCUUUUUUAUUAUUCAUUUUAAAAUGAUUUUUUAUUAAGGAAAUUGAAGUUUGUGGUAAGCAAUCAUGAGUUUUCAACUUCUCCUGCAAAGGCAGAAAUGUAACCCUGUGUGAUAUGAAGUACAUCCCCAUUAGUAGCAUUGCGAACCAGUAAUGUUGUUUGAAUGCGAGAAGUUGUGGAUGGAGAUUCCUUAUGUGUUUUAUUAUCAGGGGUGGGGUUGAGAGGUUGGAGGGAUCAAGGGGUAGUUGAGGUGUUCAAAGAGACAGUAAUGUAUAUACAAUGGACAAUAUGCCCAGCUUGGCCUUCCUUUCUAUUUAUAUUGAUUUAAUUGUGUGAGGUUAAAUGGUUUUCGAGGUUACAGAUUCCUAGGUGACGGUGUAACUCUGCAUCAAAUCCCACCUGGUCUCUUCUGAUUUGUAGCAAAUUGAUUUGAUUUGAUGGUUUUGAGACAAGUGUUUCUGACAAAAUAAAAUGGACACGGUUCCCUCACACACCAACAGGAAAGCAUUUUCCACAUUCAGAUCCAUAACCGUGUAACACCAAUAGCAAUAGCCAUCUCUGUCAAUGCUGCUUGGUAACCUACUAACGGCAUCGCUUAGGAACUGAAAUGCUUUUGAGAUAGUGGGCAAGCCUGUAUUUUAGUAAGGUGGUGCUUCUUCCUCUUGGCCAAUCUGGAGACACAAGGAGAUGUCAAGUUCUAAGCCCCACCUUCAAAGGCGGUACUGUGAUUUUGGCUUUUAAAUCUGUGUUUAAUAUUUUUUAUCAGUGUUUUGAGAGGGAUUUGGUAAAAAGAUGCUGAGUUGCAGUGCUCUCCUGCUUCACUUUGUCAUUUGAGGUUUGACAUAUGAUUUUAUAUGUCCACAGAGACAGAAUCUUGGUUUCACUUCUUACUCAACAUUGGCCCCUAUACUAACUCCAUGCUGGGGCAGUGGUUGAGCUCUGGGACCUAAGUUUCCUUGAAGGUCCUUACCCAACCUUGUUUAUCUUCUGAGAUCUGACAUGAACAAUUUCAAAGGCCUCUACCUUUGAGUACAGGGUUGUCAUUAACUACAGACGUGCUCAAAUUUGUUGGUACCCUUACAGCUCAUUGAAAUAAUGCUUCAUUCCUCCUGAAAAGUGAUGAAAUUAAAAGCUAUUUUAUCAUGUAUACUUGCAUGCCUUUGGUAUGUCAUAGAAUAAAGCAAAGAAGCUGUGAAAAGAGAUGAAUUAUUGCUUAUUCUACAAAGAUAUUCUAAAAUGGCCUGGACACAUUUGUUGGUACCCCUUAGAAAAGAUAAUAAAUAAUUGGAUUAUAGUGAUAUUUCAAACGAAUUAGUUUCUUUAAUUAGUAUCACACAUGUCUCCAAUCUUGUAAUCAGUCAUUCAGCCUUUUUAAAUGGAGAAAAGUAGUCACUGUGCUGUUUGGUAUCAUUGUGUGCACCACACUGAACAUGGACCAGAGAAAGCAAAGGAGAGAGUUGUCUGAGGAGAUCAGAAAGAAAAUAAUAGACAAGCAUGGUAAAGGUAAAUGCUACAAGACCAUCUCCAAGCAGCUUGAUGUUCCUGUGACAACAGUUGCAAAUAUUAAGAAGUUUAAGGUCCAAGGAACUGUAGCCAAACUCACUGGGCGUGGCUGCAAGAGGAAAAUCGACCCCAGAGUGAACAGAAGGAUAGUGCGAAUGGUAGAAAAAGAACCAAGGAUAACUGCCAAAGAGAUACAAGCUGAACUCCAAGGUGAAGGUACGUCAGUUUCUGAUCGCACCAUCCGUCGCUUGUUGAGCAAAAGUGGGCUCCAUGGAAGAAGACCCAGGAGGACUCCACUUUUGAAAGAAAAACAUAAAAAAGCCAGACUGGAAUUUGCUAAAAUGCAUAUUGACAAGCCACAAUCCUUCUGGGAGAAUGUCCUUUGGACAGAUGAGUCAAAACUGGAGCUUUUUGGCAAGUCACAUCAGCUCUAUGUUCACAGACAAAAAAUGAAGCUUUCAAAGAAAAGAACACCAUACCUACAGUGAAACAUGGAGGAGGCUCGGUUAUGUUUUGGGGCUGCUUUGCUGCGCCUGGCACAGGGUGCCUUGAAUCUGUGCAGGGCACAAUGAAAUCUCAAGACUAUCAAGGCAUUCUGGAGUGAAACGUACUGCCCAGUGUCAGAAAGCUCUGUCUCAGUCGCAGGUCAUGGGUCCUCCAACAGGAUAAUGACCCAAAACACACAGCUAAAAGCACCCAAGAAUGGAUAAGAACAAAACAUUGGACUAUUCUGAAGUGGCCUUCUAUGAGUCCUGAUCUGAAUCCUAUCGAACAUCUAUGGAAAGAGCUGAAACUUGCAGUCUGGAGAAGGCACCCAUCAAACCUGAGACAGCUGGAGAAGUUUGCUCAGGAAGAGUGGGCCAAACUACCUGUUAACAGGUGCAGAAGUCUCAUUGAGAGCUACAGAAAACGUUUGAUUGCAGUGAUUGCCUCUAAAGGUUGUGCAACAAAAUAUUAGGUUAGCGGUCCCAUCAUUUUUGUCCAUGCCAUUUUCAUUUGUUUUCUUAUUUACAAAAUUAUGUUGAAUAAAAAAUCAAAAGCAAAGUCUGAUUUCUAUUAAAUAUGGAAUAAACAAUGGUGGAUGCCAAUUACUUUUGUCAGUUUCAAGUUAUUUCAGAGAAAAUUGUGCAUUCUUCGUUUUUUGUGGAGGGGUACCAACAAAUUUGAGCACGUCUGUAUGUGAAUAAUUGAAGAAGUGCUCACCUGUAGCCACAGCAGUUGGUAACCGGGGGAGUCUGUGAAAGUGUAAAAUUAUGGGAGGUUAAAACAUUCCAAGAACUACAGAGUGGUCUUGUUUGCAGAUGAAGUGAAAAGUAAAAUUGGUUUUGGAGGGUCAGUUUUAACACAGAUUAAAAUACUGUCAUCGUUCAAUGUUGUUAGCUGCAUUUUUAUUGUAUUUAGAACAAUGUUGAUUAGGGGUCAUUCAGUGAAUAACCCCUGGGAGAUUAAACAGGGUUUAAUUUAGAUCACAUAGACUUUUCUGUUACACAGUGAGAAAGGACCCCUGUACUUUAUAUUACAGAGCCUUCCUCACUGGUGUGGAUAGUGGUGUGGACCAUGAAGGUUAAGGGAAGAGGUUGGAUGUUUUGUUCACUCACUUUGCAUCCCAUCAGCCACUUUCUAGCAACUUGGACAGCUGUUUGCAUCAGAAUUGCACAGAGUCGUAUGUGGGCAAAUUUCUAAGUGAUAACUGAAUUGAUAGGUCAGCUUCUGAGAUGCUUUUUUUUAUGGUAUUUAUUUGUUUCACUGUUAUUUAUUUUUACAGGAGUAUACAAAAAAUGUAAAUGUAAAAUCUCCAACUGAAUCUCAAACUGAUUUACAAAAUACAAGAAAUAUUCUUUAUAUAUAUAUAUAUAUAUAUAUAUAUAUAUUAGUCAGUGCCACUUAAUCGGGGCACUGAAUCUGGAUUUUUGCUUAAAUGGGACAGAACUCUGGGAGACGGUUCUUCCCAAUGCUAUGUAUGUUGUUUAAUUGGGACAUCGCUUUGUUGAAUUAUUUACGAUCAGAGAUCGCUUUUCAGAGCAAGAUGGGUCACGUAAUGCAGUGCAGUGAUUACGCUUUGGCUUGCAUAAACCAGGUUGAACUCUUGAAAAACCUGGAGUCUCCUGUGGUUUCUUAGGCUGCUGUGGCAAAGAAAGUUGGCGUGUCAAUGUUGCAAGUGUCUUGUCUUGUGACAAGUGUGGUUUCAUUCUAUUUCAUUUCAUUUAGAAAUUUUUGUUUCGGAAUACAGAAAAAGGGACUCAUUUCAAAUGAUGCAUUUAACAAUUAUUCCUAAUGUGCUAUCAUUAAUUUUAUUUUCAUUUAGAAAUAAAAAGGACAGUACAAAAUAUUUAUCUUUUGUGCAUGUCAUAAAUUAUGAAUACAAGUGUGACCUAAGGUCCUCUCAAAUGCCUCGAAGAACGUGUAUUGGAUGUAUAAGGACACCCUGAAUGACCUUACUGCAUUUAUAAUCCAGGUCAAACAGUGGAUUUGAAAAAGAAAAACCAGAAAUCAUUUUUUGGGCAAAACCUUUUUUUUUUUUUCAUUCAAUAUCCUUACACCACAAGAGGGAACAAAAAAGUAGUCCCAUUUAUAAGUUUGAACUGCACAUGAAGUAAAGCUGAGUAAAUUAAUUGAAACAUGACUAUUUAUUUUUGAUAUGUGUUGAAUUGUACAUUGCUGUUGAAUGUACAUUGUUUAAAAACAUGUUAAAGAUCCACCAGGAGGCUUGUUACACCACAAAGCCCUAGAUAAUACUGUACGUCUACCCAGACCUUCCUCACCAAGCCUGGAGCCGUUUCGGUUUCAAGGUGUGUGUUUGAGAGGGGUGGCUAAUGUGUACAGUGUCUUUUUGUGUUUUUCUGUAGCAUAUACAAACAGCUAAAAUACAUUAUUUGAAGUGACAAAGUCAGGGUGUAUAUUGACAGACUAUUAAAACAUGCUUUCAAAAGUUUUUAACAAAUUGAUGCAAUUGUGUCGCAAUUGCCGGCAUGUUUAGUACAUCUCAUAAUAUUUGAGAACCCUCAUUUGCACUGUCAUCACCCCCUUUUUGCAAAUUUAUGCAGGAAUGCCCAUAAUUCCAUAUUCAUUGCAGGCUGAACCGCAAGGAAAACCUGCUGCCGCAAAACAUUCCCUGAAAGGUCGCUUGCAGCAUUGCGCUUGUUUAGUACAUUUCAUCCUAGACUUACGACUCGUUAACAACUCAUUUACGACAGCCGCAACACUUUAAUACAUCUACCCCUAAAUCCAUACACCAAACCUCCCUGAACCUACACAGUAGUGAGUAUUAUGAGGCCAGACACCACUAUUUCUUCACUGCACUAAUGUUACUGCAGCCUUCAAGGGUAGGAGCUGGAUUAAAAUGGCAAAAGCAAACAGCCAUAGCAGAUCACUGUUCUGCAUCGCUUUCAGCACACAACAUAUGUGGCUGUCAGAAAGCAGUGCUAUAAUUGUAUGUAACAAGGCCUAUCUUGUUUGGCCCCUACCCAAUAUGACUUGAAUGUAUAAACUGGCUGUUCUGUAAUGGGCAGAGCAAAUACACUAGGAAACCGUGUAGCACUGACCCAUUGUCAUUGUAGCCCCACUGCCUCGCCAUUCUUAACCCAUGAUAAAAGGGAAUAUCAUGAAAGUAAUUUAUUUGUCUGUCUCUCUUGUAUAUAUUUCUUUAUUCAUCCAUUUUAUUUAUGUAUUGGUUGAUUAAUUGAUUUACUUUAUUCAUGACAAUGUAUAAGCUAGGUAAUUAAUAAUAAUAAAACAGCCCAGCUUUCACACUGUGACGUUUCCAUAGGAUAUUGACACUAUCAACUACAUAGUGCUUCCGAAGCACAUAGCCAGUACUGGGCCAUGUAUAAAAGCUUCUGUGGAGCUGCAGGACAGGUGAUUCUCUAGGGAACCACUGUUAUAAAUACAGGUACAAGCAUACAGUAUUUUCUUUUUUUGGUUUGCAAUUUCUUUAAAGCAAUUAGUUAUUACUUGUGGAAAUAUGGGCACAAACAGUGGUACCAAAUGAAAGUUGUUCAUCUCCAAAGUGAACUGUUUUUUAAUACUUGAAUAACUUUUACCUUUGACGUACCUUCUUUGUGUCUGUUUACAGUGUUUUUCUGUAAUUUGACCUUUUGUGCUCUAUUACUUUUCAGGAAGCUUAGUUGACAGUCCAGUUUUAAUGCUUACAUUUCCCAAAGAUAGUUGUAGCUGUAGGAACAUAAGCCUUCCCUACAGUAAAGUUGGUAGUUCUAAUUCCCAGGAAUUUGGAAGACUAAUGUAAUUAUUCCAAAGGCCAGUUGCCUAGAAGUUAUAGAUGAAGUACCACUGGCUUCUGGGAUAUUGAGUUCACCUGACACAAGUGAUUACUCACCAAUGAUAUUUAUAAAGCAAGAAUCUGAACAUUCCUAAUCUGAUUUAUACACUUUUCAGUUAUUCAAAGGCUACAGUUUAUGACGUUCUGAUUGUUGCAAUAUUAAAUGGUCCCAUUUGACUCUGAAUUCCUCUUUUGUACUUCUGUGCAGUUGUGUUUUACUUUUACUAGAAAUGUAAAAUAAUGUAGCUGUUCUGUAGUCUUAAUUCUACCAAGAUUCAUAGGAUAGCAAAUAUAGGGACUUAACUAAAGUAACUAUGAGCAUGGUACUGUAGUAUUCUGAAUAAAACGCCCUAUUGGGAAAGUGUAAGAAUCGAUUAGAAAUGUGUUUUUUCAUCAGGAGGGCAUCUGUGCUUGCACCUUAUCCAUAUGGCCACUCGCCAACCAUUGCAGCCCUAAACAUUAAUCAGAAUCACUGAUGCAGCUGCUGCAUUGUUAAGUUUCUUUACAGCAGUGUGUUUUUAAUAAUAACAUGGUUUUGCUGUGGCUGAUCAACUGAAAAAAUAACAAACAAAGAAAAAAGUUAAUCUAGUAUAAUUUUUUUUAAUUUUUAUUUUUUUGCACUGGAAAUUCACAGGAACUUGUUAAUAUUUAUUACAGAAAGAUAAAGUAUAUAAAUAUAUAUAGUAAAAUUGAUAAUGAUAUUAAUAGUGGCAUGCGUACUGGUUAAAAAUAAACCCGGCUGUGGAGUUCCUGUGUAGCUUAUGGUUUCCCCAAUUUAAAACAAAUUGAUUGAUGUAGUGAAAAGCAUCUUUAUUAGCAGCUAAUGCCUGAAGAAAGCCAUAACCCACUUGGAACUGUUCUGCACUUUCUUUGUGUGUGUGUGUGUCAUUUUUGGCAUGUAUUGGUUUGUUAGAGGAUACUGUAUUCAACUGUUGUGUGGUUUGUACUGGAAAACUGCAUCCUAGUGUAGAAAAGUAGACCACUCUUCUGGAUCGUGAGAUAGAUAGGAGAAGUAUGUGUUUUUCUCAGGUGUGGGUUAACCUGUAAAACAGGGCAGCAUUACAAGCAUAACCCUUACCCAAAAGUACUAUGUACUAUCUAAGCAGUGCUGCCACUAACCCAGUAAUUACAUUUUUAUUUGACCCCCCCUUUUCUUAAAGUAACUUAAACUUGGCUAUUGCUACUAGUGGUAGUACAGCAGAGGAACGGCUGCAGUAACAUAGCAGUACUGUUAAUGCCUUUUGGUAAGGGAGAUGCAUGCACAAACCAUCAUCACAUUAUUAUUACUACAUCCCCUGAAACUUGUCAAAGUAUUUUGUGUGUGUGUGUGACAUAUUUGCCUAAUGUUGGAUGAAAAAGUAACAUAAUUAAGUUGAUACUACCACUGUUAUUUGCACCCUGCUUGCAAAUACUACACUAAAUUGGGUGACCAUAUGGCUCCUGGCUCACCGGGCCGUUUUAUGAACUCAUUCUGCAAUGCACUCUGGUACUUGUAGUCCUGCAUCCUAGUGAACGUGGGGACAUGUGGUCCUGGUGACCCUGUUUGUUGCGAUGAUGUGAAUGUUGGAAAAUGUUUAAAUGUAUUUGUGGGAUUAAUGUAAUAACUGCUAACCAAUAGAAUAAGUCAAUGACAUUACUGUGGGUUCACAGGGAGUGAGACACACAGCAAAGAAACAGUGGCUUAGAAAGGCUGGUGGCACCACAUUACUGUCUCUUGGUGUGUUAAUGUCUGUUGUGAUGAUGCCCAAAAUAAGGUAGAUGUAGUAUGUUAUUCAAACUUCUUUACUGGGGA